AUGGGUCUUAGAAGAUCUCACAACAAACAAACACAAGCAAUAGCCGAUAAGAGAAUCAGCAAGAAAGGCUCAAAUAUUGAAGACGAUGACAAUGGCUACCCAGCUGACGUCCCCAGAGGACACUUUGUAGUGUACGUAGGAGAAAGAAGAAGCAGAUACAUCAUACCGAUAUCAUGCCUACAUGACAUAGGGUUCCAAAUCCUGCUACGUCAAGCUGAGGAAGAGUUUGGGUUUAACCACGACAUGGGGUUGACCAUUCCUUGCCUUGAACAAGAUUUCUUGUCUGUCUUCUCUUGA